AUGGCCACAUGCGCACACCGAGAGAAUCUUAGCAUGAUCGUGGUGAUGGGGGCUACUGGAUCUGAUAAAAGCUACUUUAUCAAUUGUCUGGCCGGAAGGGAAGUGGUCCAGGAAGGGCAUAGUCUCGACCCGUGUUGGUACACAACCGCAGAUACCGGGCGCGAAAUAAUACGACUAACUGAGAAGGCACGCGCAGGCCCUCAAGAAUGCCAGCUGGUCCCAGUUCACGUCGGGAGGAGCAAAGUUCUCCUUCUCAACACACCCGACUUUGGCGAUGCACAAAGGACGGACUCGGAAAUAUUGACCGAGAUUGCUCAGAUUCUGUCGGCGCAAUACCAGCUCGGGGUGGAACUCAAGGGCAUCAUCUACAUCCACUCCAUCACAGAUGUCCGCUACAGCCGGUCUUCGGUAACGACGUUUGAGAUCUUCAAGAACAUAUGUGGCGAGCGGGCUCUUCACAAUGCGCUUUUAGUCACGUCGCGGUGGAAUGAGGUCUCUGAAUCCAUCGGGGCUGAACGUGAGCGCGCCCUCAGAGACCGCUUCUGGGCGUACAUGCUAAGGCGCGGCUCUCACCUGAGCCGGUUUCACGGCGACCACAAUUCAGCCGUCAGCUUGGUCAGCCAGCUCUUAAUGAAGGAGACAGUGGUACUAGAGCUACAAGGGGAGUUGGUCCGUGAGGGUAAGCAGCUCGGCGAGACAGCAGCGGGCAUGUACAUUAAUGGCAACAUCGAAGAGAAGAGUGUACAGCAGCAGAUCACGAGGAAAAGGUCCUCUCUGACCUCCCGCUUGUUUCCAUUCAACCCAAGGUGA